AUUAUUUCUUAGUCAUUUUUGUUGAGUUUAAAAAGUAAAGGUGCGAUCCUGUAACAAAUUUUAACUUGAGAUUAAACUUAAACUCAAUAAAUUAUAUUUUAUUGAGCAAAUCGGAAAUUUCUCAAUACUUCGGAAAAAUACAUGAGAGGACGCAUGAAAUGCAACUUUUUUUUUUACCUAAAUAUAGAAUCAACUUAAUACUAACCUAUUACGCCUUUAUCAAUAAUAAAAAUUUGUUACUAAACUUUAGAACAUGUGAUACUUCUUAUUUUGGGAAUUUUUGUAAACAAAGAAAACUUAACAUAUUUUUCUGUUUUUUUUUGUAUCUUCAAAACUUUUGAUAGUUUAUUGCUUUACCCAUUCGUAUUUUGUUUCGCGUUUCUCUUAUUUAAGUAUAACAACUAUGGAUAAAAAUAUAAAUAUACCAACAAUUUCGACAGGAAAAGUUGAAACAUUACAAACUUUAUCACAAAGAAGCACAAUAAGUGAAGAGGUUGGUACAGACGAAGGACCGGAACAUGAAAGCGAUUAUUCAAAUGAAAGUGAGCCUUCCUCGAGUGAUUCAGGUGAAGAAGGUGGAUCACAUGAUGAUGAUAAUGAAAAUGAAUUUAAAGGAGAAAAAUUAGAUGAUUUAUCAGAUUAUAGUUCUUCAGAAAACGAAAAAAAAAAGUUUGAAGAUUUUGAAAAAAACAUAAAAUCUCUUAGUUUGGACGAUGAAUUGGAUUUAAAAGGUUUAGAACAAUCGGGUGAUCUAACAAGUAAACAUAAUUUAUCUGAAUUAAAUGAAUUGCAAGGUGUAAGUAGAGAAGAAUAUCGUCAAAUUAUUGGUGAAUUUAGUUAUGUGGACGAACCAAUUUUUAUCAAUAAAAGAAGACAUCGAAAAGUACCAAGUUCGCGAGAACAACGAAAAAAUAGACCAUCACAAGAAGAGAAAAUUCAUGAAGAACAAGAACAAAAAGUUGAUCAAUCACAUCAAAAACAAAUUAGUCAGGAAAAAGAGUAUCAACAAAAACAAUUAUUAAAUGAGCAACAAUUGCAAGAAGAGAGCUCAAAAGAAGAUCUGAAACGGGAGUCUCAAAGGUUAUCACAAAAGGAACAAUUGCGACACGAAGGACAAUUACGUAAAAAAGAAAGCCAAUUACAGAAUCAAGGGCAAAAUUUGCUACAACAGCGCCCAUCUCCGUUUUUGCAGUAUCAACAUUUGCAAUCUAGACCAAACUCCUCACAAAUACAAAGAUCAACUCAUGAUAACAUAUUUAAACCUGUAAUUAAGUCACAAAAUGAAAAAACUUCACUCAUUACACCUUCGUUAUCAUUUCAUUUACCAGAUAUUUCGUUAUCUCAGCAAAGUAAUGUUCGAAAUUUCAGACAGAUGAAUAUUAUUGAAAAUAAUGUUAAAGGUCCAAUUGCCGCUUUACGUACUCUUACAGAUAAUUAUAGACAACUUGAACUGGACAAACAAAACGCAGAUAUAAAGGUUAGACAGCUUGAAAUGGACAAACAAAGCGCAGAUGUGAAGGUCAAUCAGUUAGAAAAACAAUUAGAACAAUACCGCCAGUUAUUACAGAAGGAGCAAUCCAAGAGUAAAGCUAAUAAUAAACAUAAUGAGGUAGAAACAGUUACCUAUGGCGUGAGAAACGAUUUUAAGAAAAGCAGUUCACAUGGAAACUUUCCAUUGAUUGAAAAAGAAAAAUUACCAAGGAAACCUUUUGAGAAAACUAACGAACUUUCGGAUAUUAACAAUAUUGAAGUUCAGGAAAAUAAUCAAAUAAUCGAACCAAAAGAAACUAAGCGUGAUUCAGGAUCAGAAAAGAGCAAAUCUCUUGAAAGAGCUGAUCAAGAACAAAUUAAGAAAAUCCAGGAAGAAAUUGAGAGUCAUCGCGUAGAUAGAGAAAAUUUGAGAAAGCAACGUCAAGCGAUGGAAAAGACACAUAGAAAGAAAACUGUUCCUAAAGGUGAAAUAACUUCAAUAGAGGAAAACGAAAAUGUUGAAGGAAGUGAAGAUGGGCGAAAAACCAAUAGGUACAGAGGACUUUGUCACAAGGAAAAUCUUCAAAAUUAUGAAGAUUCAUAUAUGGAUAAAAAGCGACACACGAAUCUUAAUGAAGAUUGUCAUAUUGAACAGCAGUAUAAUGAAGGAACUUAUAAUAAUUCAAAAGUGUUUAAUAAACGAACUACUAAUAAUAAGAUGCAGUUUGGCGGUUACAAUGAAGAUAACCAAAAUGGCGAUUAUCGGGAACAACAAUAUUAUGAGCAUUAUGGAGAUGAGCCGCAUGAAAAUCUGCAAUUUGCAAAAAAUAGAAGAUUACCAGAGUCUUUUGAGCAAGAUCAAAACAUAGAUCCUCGAGAACAACAUUAUUAUAAUGAGAAACGGGGGGAUCAAAGACGAGAUAAUCAUUAUACUAGAAAUUUUUCUGAGCAGGACGAUGGUGACCAAUCUCCUCAUCUUCCCGGAAGACAACGGCAGUUUUAUGAUAAUAUGAAGGAAGAUCCAGAUAUUCAUCCUAAUGACUUAAGAUUAUCUCCAACUAGGAGUGGAAGAAUAUAUUCACAAUAUUCUAAUGAAAGUCGAGAUAGUGUCUACAUACACAUAAAAGAUCGAAAACAAUAUGUUCGCCAUACAUAUGAUGAUUUUGAGGAGGAAGGACUAUCCUGUAUGGAAAGAUAUCAAAAACGGAAAAUCGUAUUUGCGGAAUCGAGAUUAUAUUAUACAAGAACAAAAACCCAUGAGAUCUGGCGGUGGGCGAGAGAUUCCUUUUAUUCUUGGAACUGUAUGUAUUUUAAACAUUUAAUUUUUAAUUUUGUGUAUAUAUUAUUAUAAUAAUUCAAUAAAUAAUAGUUAUUGGUUAGGGGGUAAAAUAUCGGUCACCCCGAAGGGGUGACACGAUAUUUUAUCCACCAUAACCAAUAACUAGAUUAUUGCGUUAGUCACGCAAGAUCAUGCUAUUAUUAUAGUAAGAUAUAUAGAAAGUAUAAUUAAACUGCAAAUAUAUUUGAUAUUUAGCCAAUAUAAGAAAAAUAUUAAUUAUUUAGCCAUUAACAAAAAAUAUCAGUCCGUCAAAAUCAGCAU